AUGACCAUAACCAACGUCGCCCUCAUUGGCGGAACAGGCACCCUCGGCGCGCCCGUCCUGCGCGCCCUCCAAGCCUCAGAAUUCUCCCUCUACGUCCUCAACCGCCAGACCUCCAGAUCCGUCUACCCAAAAACAAACGUCAUCACCGUCCCCGACGACCUAGACGUCGAUGCCGUCGCCAAAGCGCUACGCAGCAAAAACAUCGACGCCUUGAUCAUCACCAUUGCGGGGAGCCACGUGGAAUCGCAAAAGAAGCUCAUCGAUGCGGCCUUCAAAGCAGGCGUCAAGCGCGUCAUGCCCGCCGAAUUCGGGAGCUGCGAUUCCGCCGACGAAAAGACAAACGAGAUUCUGCCCUUGAUGAAGGGCAAGAAGGUCGUUAGAGACUACCUCAUCUCGCUGCAGGACCAACAGCGCGAACCCGGUAUGGGUAACCUGACUUGGACAAGUCUCAUCACUGGCCACUUUUUCGACUGGGGUAUGACAUGCGGCUUGCUAAAAUUCGACGUCAAGACCCGCAAGGCGUAUCUACUUGAUGGCGGCAACAUCAAGUUUUCCGCAUCCAAUGUCGAUUUCAUAGGCAAGGCGGUGGUUAGAGUUUUGGAAAAGGAGGAGCAGACUAAGAAUAAGCUGCUGUAUGUGCAUAGUCACCGUGUGACGCAGCUGGAGGUGCUGGAGGCGCUGGAGAAGGCGACGGGAGAGAAGUUUGAGCGGGUUGAGCAGAAGAGUGAGGAGGAGUUGGAGGUUUGUAGGCCGAAGAUGUUGGAGGGGGACAUGGAGGCGAGGGAGGAGGUUGUGGCUGUUUGGGGGGUUGUUGCUGCGGAUUGGAAGGAGAGGGAAGGGUUUGCGAACGAGUUGCUUGGGCUGGAAGAGGAGGAUUUGGAUGAGGUAGUGAAGAGGGUUGUUUCGAACCUGUGA